AUGUUAAUACGAUGGACAAAAUAUUAAGAAUACUGUAAAUAUAACCCAGUCCAAAGCACUGUCACCACCUACUGUAAGAUCAGAAAUAAAUACAAAAUAGGAUUCUGACAAUGUUUACAAAAAAAUGGAACUGUUAAACGUAGAAUUUAAGGUACUGCUGACUCCUAAUAAAGUGCUAAAUGAGUGUAUAAAUAGAAUAAAUUAAAAAGGAGGGAGGAUAUCUGGAGAAUUUAGUCUAUAAAAUGGAGGUGAGCAUUAAGUUUUUAUCAAGAGGGAGCUCUGAUUCAUCUGCUUGUGUGUUGUUGUUUUGUUUUUAACCCUGACUAACAGAAAUAUUUUCAGUCAUUUUUUUUCAGUCAGAGAGCAGAAUUUUACACGCUCUCUUCAUAUCAUCAACUUUAAACACAAGAGAGCUGAAAUAUGUCAGUGUCCUUUCAAAGCUGUGGGCCACAAGAGACUCCAUCUCCCAUCAUCCCACAGUGUCACACAACAACAAACGAGAGGGAGGCAGCAGCUGGGAGAGAAGGAGACAGACAGGCUGCGUAAAGAGAAGCAAAGGGACAGAGUCUGGGAGAGUUUUUCUUCCACAUCAAUGGAGCUUUUCGCCGCAGCAGAGGAGCACAAGUGACGCCCCGAAAUCCGCUCGACAUGGCCAAAAAUCAGGAAGUGGAGCGCAUCGCCAAAAAGCUGGAUAAAAUGGUGCACAAGAAGAACACGGAUGGUGCUCUUGACUUGCUGAGGGAACUAAAGAACAUCAAGAUGUCUCUGGAGACCCUGCAGUCAACUAGAGUUGGAAUGUCGGUUAACGCAGUGAGGAAACAGAGUUCAGAUGAGGAAGUUCAGACUUUGGCCAAAGUUCUCAUCAAAUCCUGGAAGAAACUGCUGGACGGUUCGGAGGGGAAGUCUGAAGAGAAGGAGAAGAAGAAGGACGGCUCUCCAGUGAGAUCAUCGUCCACCUCCAGUGAUUCUGGCAGUAGCGAGAAAAGUAAGAAGUCCGGGGAGACGCCCACCACCCCAACAACCCCAACCACACCCACCCUCACCCCUCAGUUCACCUCCUUCCCCCCAGCCCCCGUCACGACUGACAGCGUGCGGAACAAGUGCCGAGAGCUGCUGGUGGCCGCCCUGCAGACUGACGACGACCACAAGACCAUUGGAGUCGACUGUGAGCACCUCGCAGCACAAAUUGAAGAGCAGAUCUUCCAGGAGUUUAACUCCACCGAUAUGAAAUACAAAAGCCGUCUACGAAGUCGCAUCUCCAACCUGAAGGACCAGAAGAAUCCAGACCUGCGUCGCAACGUCCUGUGUGGAAACAUCUCGCCUCAGCGCAUCGCCUGCAUGACUGCCGAGGAGAUGGCGAGCGCAGAGCUGAAGCAGAUCAGAGAGGCUCUGACCAAAGAGUCCAUCAGAGAGCAUCAGCUGUCAAAGGUCGGAGGAACCGAGACCGACAUGUUCAUCUGCAACAAGUGUCAUGGAAAAAGCUGCACGUACACCCAGGUGCAGACCCGCAGCGCUGAUGAGCCCAUGACCACUUUUGUUGUGUGCAACAGCUGCGGCAACAGAUGGAAGAUCAGCCCUGCAGCCUCCUGCAGCCAAAUCAGGAGCAGGAGUCCAUGUGGGCGACGGACAGUGGUAAGGUCAAUGGUGAGAGGUCACAGAGGCAGAGGUCAGCAGCAGCAGUGCCCAGGUAGGCCACCCUGGUGUGUGUGUGUGUGUGUGUGUGUGUCUGUGUGUGUGUUUGUGUGUCUGUGUAAAUAUUUGUGUUACUAUACAUAA